UCAGGUUCCUGUUUCGUAGAGUGGUUCACAACCUAUGUCCACAACGUGGUCACAGGAGAAUAUCCAAUCAUCAGAGACCAGAUCUUCAGGUACGUGCACGAUAAAAGUUGCGUGGCGACCACCGGAGACAUCACCGUCUCUGUUUCUACCUCCUUCCUGCCGGAACUUUCCUCCGUCCACCCGCCGCACUUCUUCUUCACCUACCGCAUCAGGAUCGAGAUGUCAACCGGUGCUUCGCCCGAAGCCGCCUGUCAGCUCGACAGCCGCUACUGGAAAAUCACUACCUCCGACGGCAACGUGGAAGAAGUUCAGGGACCCGGCGUGGUCGGAGAGUUUCCCGUCAUGACGCCUGGUAAGGUCCAUGAAUACGCCAGCUGCACCACGUUCUCCACGCCGUCAGAGUACAUGGAGGGUCACUACACCUUCCACAGACUCGCCAAUAAGGAAGAGGUUUUCCACGUGGCGAUCCCUCGCUUCCACAUGGUCUGCCCCCCCUUCAGGGAGCCUGUGGUACGAACGCACAAACCGUCAACCAGCUUCACACCUCGCCUCGACGACCACGACCCUGACGACGAGUACUGCGACGGAGACGGCGACGACUUCGGUGACCUGAGAGGAAUCAACAUGGCUGCGCUGGAGGGGGCGUGGUGUCCCCGACACAUCUGACCUCUGACCCCUCCCUCGCCGCAGCGUGAUGAACUUUAUUCAGGCCUGGUUGGUGACUGACUCGGUUCCGUGUGCGGAGCGGCGGUCGGACGCUGAGGUGCAGUUUCCUUCUUUUCUUACAACUUUCUCUUUGUGAUCAGAAACUGUCGGACGAGAAGGAUGACACGAUGAUGUCAUCGUCUUCUCCUCCACAUUAAGGACGUCGUCGAUCAAUCAGCUGACUUCCUGUUCAGAGGUCGAACUUUGUUGUGGACCGAGGCACCAAUCAGGAGCGAGUGGGAGCUUGUUGUUUUUGAUUUUCCUCCGUAGAAAGAUUUGGUUCUUCGUAGUUUGAAUCUUUUCCACUGCAGGAACCCACCUCUGAUCCUCUGCUGCCUCAUCAUUGAUUCUUUUCAUUGUUGAUCCAUCGAUCGGUUUCUCGCUCUGAUUUAAACAUUUGAACAAAAACCAACAGAUUCACUUUGCGACUCUGAUCAGUCAUUGAUCAGUCAGUGUAAGAGCGCCCUCUGCAGGACCACAGGGCAAACUACUCACAGCACAAGAUGGAGGCUUCAUCCACACUGACAGAAACUGAGACUUUAUGAAACGAUGACGCCCGCGGUCUCUUCUGAUUGGUUCUCAUCAGUCACAUGACUCCACUACCAGCUGUGAACACGAAGCGUCGCUAACACUUCCUGUCAGGAACAGUUCCACCGCGUCGUCGCGUGUUUACAUCACAUGACCAGGGGACGUGAACGGUCACGUGACGUGUGUUUAGUUUGAAAAUGAAAGUUAAACAAACACGUCGUCAUCAUGUGCUCGGUUUGUUUUACAGUCAAAUCUCUUGAAUCAGUUUCUGAUCAAGAAUCACCGUCGUUCUUCUUCUCUUUGCUUGUUUCUCGUCGUUGACGUUAACAGUUUGAUAUAAGCUCAUUUGUUUACCUCAUGUCUCUGCACAUUAAACCGUCAAUGUUACGUCUUAUUUUGAAAGGUUGUCACAUUAGCUUCCUGCAGUGGAAACAUAAUAAGUGUGUCUUGUUUCCUCGUGUGUUUUCUUUAAAUUGUGUGGGGAACAAACUGGGCUUUUAUUUUGGAGGAUGCUGCGUCAUGCUUUUGUUCUCGGGGUGUUCUUCCCUCCUCGUGAGGAGGCGGCGGCGUUGUCACGCUCUGAUGUGAUUGGUGGGUUUGUUUUUGUAUGUUUUGGUUAAAUAAAAAAGAAACUGACAACUUUACCUGUUACGUGAUCCUGAGCUUCAUCCACUGGAGUUUAACAGAAGAAGAGACGCUGCGUUCACGUGCUCCUGAGUCGUUGGGACUCGUUCACAUGCUUCAGACACGGAUGCUUUAAACGUCACGCUGAGCUGGUUCCUGUCUUUGUUUCCCUUCACAAUAAAAGCUGACAUUUAUUCUUCAUUCCGUGAAACUCACCGACAUCAACACGUUUCUUCAUGUAACAGCAGUUUUUAUUCAAAUCUUCACAACGUGAACAACACUCAACUUUACAACAAAUAAAAACUAAAGGUUUGUUUCGUCAUGCUUUUAUGAAAAUGUAAAAAAAAUUAAAAUGUUUUUUAAAAAUGGUGUAUUUGUUAAAAGACAAAUGUGACUCGGUUCAACAGAAGCAGAUUGACUCCAGGAGAAAACGACCAAUCAGAGGAGGCUGCGUUUGACUGACAGGCGUCUAACAGGUAACCCCUCUUGGCCCAACCUGUCCCAGGAUUCAUUGCACCACUAAACGUGAGGUCACAGCGCUGGCGAGAGACGAGUCGUCUGAAACUUCAGUUUCACGCUUCAACCGAACAUGUUAAAAAA